CGCGUGACUGGCAUGGAAUCCUCUCUCCGAUGAUCUCUCUGGCUGUCUAUCCCCCCUUCUUCCAUGCCUUUCUCGACAUAGCCACAGAUGAUCGACAUAGGAUCAGGACCCAUCUCUGACCGAUCAGUAGCCGCAAGGACCAUGUCUGCCUCGCCAGCACCCAGCAAAACCGCGGCUGUUGCCGUAUACUGCGCGUCCUCUACUGGGAAUGAGCCUGCCUAUGUCAAAGCAGCAGAUUCUCUCGGUACUGCUAUCGCCAAAGCUGGUCGCCCGCUCGUAUAUGGCGGUGGCUCGAAGGGCCUCAUGGGCACCGUUUCUGGCGCCGUCCUGAACGGAAAAGGCAAGGUCACGGGCGUCGUGCCCUACGCUAUGGUCGCGCAAGGCGGCGAAGGCGAAAAGUCAGAGUCGAAGGUGACCGUCGAGCUCAAUGAGAAGGGGAGAGAAGCGGUCGAGACGAUCGUCGUGAACUCAAUGCACGACCGCAAGGUCGAGAUGGCGCGACGAGCUGAAGUAUUCUUCGGCCUCCCUGGCGGCUUCGGCACGUUCGAGGAGGUCAUGGAAGUAUCGACAUGGACGCAACUGGGCAUUCAUCGGAAGCCCGUCAUCCUCCUCAACGUCCUCGGCUAUUACGACCCGCUGCGGCAGAUGAUCAAGAACGGCAUCAGCGCGGGCUUCAUCCAGCCGUACAACGAGAGCAUCAUUCUGUUUGUCGACGGGCCCACCGACCGAUCUGCGCACGCGGCCUAUGACUGGGGAAAGGCAGCGCUAGACGCCAUCGACGAGUGGUAUACCACGCAUACCGCGCGUCCGCUGUUCAACUGGGUGACGAAGGAGGAUGGCAAGACGGUCAAGACCAUGAGCGAUGCUAUGGCGUUUACUUAGGAUCGAGAGUAUGGAGUACAAGAUAUUCUCUAAGAGGGCAUGGCAAUGUGUUUAUAUAUGAGCAAUGCUAGACGGACGAAAUUGGCGUCCUGAGAAACAGAUGUUUGAGGCGUACAAUGUAUAUAGCUACGUUGAAGACCGAAGUGGCUACUAUAGACUAUAGACAGCA